GAGACACGCGCGCUCUGCUUCUUCGCCUGGCUCGGCUCCAGCCUCCCUGUGCCUCUCUCGCUUGCUUUUCGCGCCCCCCUCCCGCAGCUUAUGUCCAGCCCUGAGGGGCUUGUUGACCAGCCUGCCUCUGUCUGACUGACUCCACUGCUACCUCUGUGCGUGGUCUGUCCUGUCUGCCUUCUAGAUCACCCUCUGCCUUGCUGGAUAUUCUGCGCUGAGAGCCAUCCGGCACACUUCAGCGGAGUACUGCAUUCUCCCCGCUGUCCUUUUCCUUUGCCUUAUGCGGGUGUGCGCAGGGGAAACGUUUGGGACGAUCAGACAGUAAGUCAGCUCGACAGGCGUCAGCGUCAUGGCUUCCGUGGACAGCACAGGUGCAGCACUCCCCGGCUGGCGGCCAGGGAAUCGACUUCAUGGUCUGGCACUUGUCCUGCUGCUUGGUGCGUGGAGCAUCAAAGGACUGGAGGUGUCGACCGGUAAAGUGUCAUCGAUUGAAGCGAUGAACGGCUCCACCGUCCUGCUCCCCUGCACCUACUCCUCCUGCAUUGGCAUUUAUAAGCUGUACUUCAGCUGGCACUACAACAACAACGGAACCAUGAUCAAGUAUUGUGAGGCAGUGAUUCCGAGCGAGGGCAUCGAGCCAAAGGUGGAUGUGUACCACGAGCGGGUGGAGUUCGUGGGGUCGUCGAAGAACAACAACAUCUCCAUCCUCCUGUGGAACAUCACCUUUGAGGACGAGGGAGAAUACAAGUGUUUCGCCAAAAACCCCAAAGAGAAAGGACGCAACCACAGCGCCACCUUCACUCUACGAGUGGUGGACCAAAUGAGAGAAGUGGACAACACCUUGACAGUCAUCAUCGUGUCGGCCGUAGGUGGAGUCAUCGGCUUGGUUAUCAUCAUCAUGGUGAUAAAGGCUUUGGUUGUCCACUUCCUGCUGAAGGACGACGAGAAAAAUAAAGAGUGCCUGGUAAGCUCCUCAGGGAACGACAAUACGGAGAAUGGACUCGCUGGAGCCAAAGCUGACAACAAAGGCACGCCAAAGGCAUGAGACAGGAGUCGGCCUGUAUGACUUGAGGAAAGGCGCGCGCCAAGAGAGACAUGCUGUGAUCAGCAUUCGGACGGUGUUAUCUGAAUAGAGGCUAUACGCAGUAUAUACAUAUAUAUAUGUGUGUGUGUGUAUAUGUUAAUAUACACACACACACACAUAUAUAUGUCUAUAUAUAUAUAUAUAGAUAUAUAUAUAAACACCAUGCAAAUGAAUAUUUUCGCUCGUGCUUGAAACAAAAAGGUGCACAGGCUUGGAUCACUCUCACCUCUGGAACUCCCAGAUGAAGCGCAGCCAGAAAUGUGCUCCACACUUCACCUGCAUUUGAUGCCUUCUAUGAUUUGUCUUUGUUGGGUGCUCUGACGGGGGUCAGUGGCACGAGGAAUCAACUUCAAUUCCAGAUUGCUAGCCAAAACAGAUGCACUGCCGUGUUAAGAGCAAUAUAUUAGCACAAACCAACUGUUCACGUCACUCCAAAAGAAAUGCACAAAACAGCGCUCAAACAGGAACUCAGUGAGUUUUACGAUUUCUUCAGGAUGGUUUUUUGACCCCAAUUUUUUUUUUGUUUUGGGGUGGGGGGGCUGACUACUGAGAGUUCCAGUGCAUGAGAGUGAUCUGGCUCUGCACACAUUCUAUUAUUUUGCUUUAGAUGAAACACAGGUGCCUGUUCUGCUUUAGCUCCCUCUGUUGGUGGGAGGGUAAAACCACAGAAAACUCAUGAAAACCCACAUCGAAGACAAUCCCACUCAGAUCCCUGUAGAUAGGAAUGAACUAAAUCAUGCUGCUUUUGACUAAUAACCAAUGCAUUUUUAGCAUGUUUGCAUUUUAUAGCACAUCAUAUAAAGCUGUGUAGCGCCGUGCUGCUGCGAGCCGUCAUGUGGAGGUCUGUUUCAAUCUUCACAUGAGCUUCCAUGGUUUAUUAGCCCUUUAAACUCAAGGAGAUUGUCUUCAGGUAUGUCGGGCUCAUUUAGGCAGUUAGAAAACAAGCUUGUUUCUCUGGUCACACAAACCAUCCAUGUCUGUAAGCAAACGCAACAUUUAACUGUUGUUUCCAGUCCAACCAUAUCAUUUGGACCGAUAACACACGAAUGUACUGACUUUGGCAGGGAGUGUGUGAGAGAUGCAUGUAUUAUCACAUGGUACGUAUUUUCUAAACACUCCAAGAAGGUCGCCACUUUAGAGCUAUCACACCCACAUCUGGGAUUGUCUGCUUAUGAAGCUUCACGAAGCGCUUUCCUUAUUUUCAGAGUCCACUAGAUGGCACUCUCCCCUCGACAACGCAACCCUUUGUGCCUCAUGGAGCCUCAUAAACAAACAGACUCCUGAUAUUCUGAAUUCAGUCAGUGGUGCUGUCAGGUUUAAACUGAUAGGACGUUUCUUCAAAUCCAUGGAUUUUAGAGAAAACAGUGAAAUUGAGGACAGUGGUUGGUGAGGUUUCAUCAGCCUAGUUCAGAGGCACUUUCAGGCCCCUACAGUGGAGCCAGGUGAAAUGGAGUUUCAUCAUUCAAAAGUAAGGAACAGUGAAAGGCCAGGAGAGAGGCACUAAGCCCUCGAUGGACCUUCAUCCACAUGUUCUCAAGAAGGAGGUCAGGGAAGUCUUUUUUGCCAAACCUGAAGAUGAUUUGAUCCUCACUGCAACCCAACACUCUGCUAUUCACCCAUUCAUUUAAGUCGCAGUUUAUGCAGCCUGUUUGUUUGUAACUUCGAAUCUGAGCGAGUGGUGUCUGUGCCCUCCACAUCGUCACACACGUCUGUGAUAACUGAGACGGACACACACACACGCCGUUACACCCAUAGCCCACAAGCCAGCACUUUACCACCCUUCAGUGGCUGCACACAGCAAGGAUUGCUUUUUCUGUUUGUCAACAUUCUGCAUAUGUUUUGUUGCUUGGAGUAUUUCCUUUCCUGCUUUCAGUGGAAGCAAUAUGACAUACACCAGAUUAUGCAAUAACCUUUCAAAGGCACUUUACGGACAUGAGUGGGCAGGCUGCUGGGACGAGUGUCCUGCACCGGUGUCUGGGCGCUGGGCUAAUGCCCGGCCGCCACUCCAUACAUGCGACUGCUCUUUCCACAGGUCCCAUUUAAACUGGCGGAACACACAUUUCCUCCUGAUUUCAAGCUUGUGUCAGCCAUAGUUAUCAAGCUUCACAUCAUGCAACGGUCUGGACUAAUGGCCAUGGGCAUGAAAGCAGCAUCCCCUUCAAUCUUGCUGUCUCUUGGCGUAGGUUUGGGCUAAGAAAUGCCAACUGAUGCCAGGCAUGUGGACUUUCCCUGGCUGAUAACAAACAGUCUGCCAAGUCUAAAUGGGAUCAAGACGGACGGCCAAUAUGGCCUGCAGUCUGAUUGUAGUGUGACGUAUAGAGAGGACAGUGAGACACACCCCCAAAGUCUUCCAGCAUUGUACAGCAAUAUGAGUUGAGUAUCGCCAUAUGACAAGAGAAAGAAGUGUAUCCACGGAGUGCCUGCAAGUAAUUUGACAUCAACAUUUCUCGACGCAAAAUGACACGAAAACACAAUUUAACUGUCGAACAUGUUUGACCGUUGGAAGCUUAUCUGUGUAACAAUGUAUAGAUGUGAUCCUCUGUCUUUAGUUGAGACGGUACAUUGACUAUUGAGUAUGACUGCUGCGCCGUGUUGAAUCACUCCAUACAGAGAGAGAGAGAGAGAGAGAGAGAGAGCGCUAGCGUGGUUGGACGUGCUCGCUGUGGUCCUCGUGCUUGUGUUCGAACCACUGGCUGUCUCAUCAGGCUCUGACACUGUGGUGGUAGACCUGGUGGAUGGAAUCAAUGGAAGUGUGGAAGACUUUCAGUCUUAUUUUGGAUUGCUUCAUACACUGUUCCACGUCGCCGUGGUGUCUGGCUGCCGGGUGAUAGUUGGCUCACCAUGUUUUCCUGUCAGAAAGCCACUCUCUCUCUCUGCAGUGGUGCGAGUGUGUGAUGAGUGCCAUCUAGUGGUGUGAAGCCUCAUCUCCCUGGACAGCUGAGGAGCCACUGUUCAAAUGCGUUCAAUGGCUCGACAACUAUUGGCCAUUUAGUGUUUCAUGUGCUUCCGCUUGAGCCGAACCAACAUGGCAGAUAAACGCAACAACCCUACAAUGAUCCGUGGCUUGCAUUUGGUGAGAAAUCAAUGGCUUCAAAUGUUGCGCAGUGCUUUAGAUCUAGAGUAGUUAUUGCAAUUGAACAUGUCUACGGAGAGGAUUUAGAGGGCCUGUAUCUAGGUCCAUUCAGACGAGCUGCACUUAGAUUCCAUUGACAGUGUUGACCAAACUGCCAGAGCAGCUGAAACUCGUACUGCCACUCCAGGAGUCUCACGUCUGCUGUUCCACUUGUACUCACGCGCAGGAGGAAAUACCAACUCAAGUGUGUUAUACCCAAAACACCGACAACAUUUCUGAAGCGGUGGUUAUUGCAUCUGAGUGGAACAAGCGGCUGACACUCAAACUGCCAAGCCAAGAGUGCAACACACAUGCCAUUCAACUCAAAGUGUCAAGUCCAUGAUGGUGUGUAGAUGUAGUUUGGCAGAACAAACAAUCCUCUUCAAUACUAUCAAUCGACUUACCUUUGUCAGAGUGUAUACAGUAUCCAGAGCUAAUGGCAUCAAACAAGCGAUCGCAUUUUGUAUCCGCAGAUACUGGGGCAAAAGUGUGCAUCGAAAAACACACACAGCUUUUCACCUCUGAAUGUUAAUGAUGUAUUUGUGGCUGUCUUGCUCAUACUUCCUACAUGUCUUUGCACCUCCAACUUUUGACCUGUCAAGAAAACAAAUAAACGUGAA